AUGCGCGCUCCCGCACCACACGCCUGGCUCGCGCCGCUGAAAGUCGCGCAACUCCAGCACCUCGCGCGGGCGACGGGGAUCCAGUCCUCGGGGACGAAGAGCGCCCUUUUAACACGCAUCGAGACCGAGCUCCGGCAGCAGGUGGCCGUGUCAUCGGGCGAGAAGGGCGAUGACUGGAGCGUGCUGAGUAUCGAUAUGGGGAUUCAAAAUCUCGCGUUUGCGCAUUUGCGGGUGCCGAGGGGUUGUGUGGCGUCGACACAGACGCCCGCGCUCUCGAGGCCGGUCCUCACGGCGUGGCAUCGGCUGAAGGUGUCGGAGAUUGGGGGUCUGGAUUUGGAGGGUGGCGGUGGGAUGAAUGUUCCUGGAGUCAAUGUGGCGGGAUCUACGCCCGAGUCUGGAGCUGAAUGCAUAUCCUCUACCUCUGCAUCUACUUCUGCAUUUACAUCUACAUCUACAUCUACAUCUACAUCACCAACAGCAUCAGCCAAGAGCAUCGCCACACCAACAUCCGCCAAAGAAACAUUCUCGCCAGACCUUUACGCCGCACUCGCCUAUACACUAAUCACAUCCCUUCUUACGGCCUACAGACCCACUCACAUCCUAAUCGAGCGCCAGCGUUUCCGCUCCGGCGGCGGCAGCGCCGUGCAGGAGUGGACGCUGCGCGUCGGCGUGCUGGAGGGCAUGCUGUACGCCGUGCUGCACGCGCUCCGGCUCGAGCGCGGGGCCGACCUUGCUGCCGUCCAGGUGCACGGCAUCGAGCCGAAGCGUGUGGUGCGGUACUGGGGGGACCUCGAUCCUGAGGCGGUUGGGGAUAGUGUAGAUGGGGCAACGGCAAAGAAAGGCAGAGUUAGUGCCAGGGAGGUGAAGAAGGCAAAAAUUGACCUUGUGGGACGGUGGCUGGGCGCUUCAGUGGAGACGGGCGCCUCGACCGGGGAGAUGGAGUUGGUGCUGGGGGCGAAGGGGGAUGGGAAGAUUGAUCUUGCGCAGGAUCGGCCUGCGCUGCGAGAGCUUGCGGCUGCGUAUUUGAGAAAGUGGCGGGGCGAAGGGACGAGAAGGACGCGCUCUGCGGGGGCGGUGAAUGAUAUUGGCAAGCUGGAUGAUCUGGCGGAUUGUUUGCUGCAGGGCGUCACUUGGGUGGAGUGGCAGGUCAUGCGGGAGAGGCUGGCACGGGAAGGGGGCCUUUCACGGUUGGAGAUGUUGUGA